AUGGUCAACUCGUGUUGUGGCUCCGUCUGCUCUGAGCAGAGCUGUGAAGAGAGCUGCUGCUGCCGGCCCAGCUGCUGCGUGUCCAGCUGCUGCAGACCCCAGUGCUGCCAGUCUGUGUGCUGCCGCCCCAGCUGCUGCAUCUCCAGCUGCUGCCGCCCCUCUAGCUGCGGCUCCUCCUGCGGUGGCUCCGGCUGCUGCAGGCCCACCUGCUGCAUCUCCAGCUGCUGCCGCCCCUCUAGCUGCGGCUCCUCCUGCGGUGGCUCUGGCUGCUGCAGGCCCACCUGCUGCAUCUCCAGCUGCUGCCGACCCUCUAGCUGCGGCUCCUCCUGCGGUGGCUCUGGCUGUUGCAGGCCCACCUGCUGCAUCUCCAGCUGCUGCCGGCCCUCUAGCUGCGGCUCCUCCUGCGGUGGUUCCGGCUGCUGCAGGCCCACCUGCUGCAUCUCCAGCUGCUGCCGCCCCUCUAGCUGCGGCUCCUCCUGCGGUGGUUCCGGCUGCUGCAGGCCCACCUGCUGCAUCUCCAGCUGCUGCCGCCCCUCUAGCUGCGGCUCCUCCUGCGGAGGCUCCGGCUGCUGCAGGCCCACCUGCUGCAUCUCCAGCUGCUGCCGCCCCUCUAGCUGCGGCUCCUCCUGCGGUGGUUCCGGCUGCUGCAGGCCCACCUGCUGCAUCUCCAGCUGCUGCCGGCCCUCUAGCUGCGGCUCCUCCUGCGGUGGUUCCGGCUGCUGCAGGCCCACCUGCUGCAUCUCCAGCUGCUGCCGCCCCUCUAGCUGCGGCUCCUCCUGUGGAGGCUCCGGCUGCUGCAGGCCCACCUGCUGCAUCUCCAGCUGCUGCCGCCCCUCUAGCUGCGGCUCCUCCUGCGGUGGUUCCGGCUGCUGCAGGCCCACCUGCUGCAUCUCCAGCUGCUGCCGCCCCUCUAGCUGUGGCUCCUCCUGUGGAGGCUCCGGCUGCUGCAGGCCCACCUGCUGCAUCUCCAGCUGCUGCCGCCCCUCUAGCUGCGGCUCCUCCUGCGGUGGUUCCGGCUGCUGCAGGCCCACCUGCUGCAUCUCCAGCUGCUGCCGCCCCUCUAGCUGCGGCUCCUCCUGCGGUGGCUCUGGCUGCUGCAGGCCCACCUGCUGCAUCUCCAGCUGCUGCCGCCCCUCUAGCUGCGGCUCCUCCUGCGGUGGCUCCAGCUGCUGCAGGCCCACCUGCUGCAUCUCCAGCUGCUACCGGCCCUCUAGCUGCGGCUCCUCCUGUGGUGGCUCCGGCUGCUGCAGGCCCACCUGCUGCAUCUCCAGCUGCUGUCGUCCCAUCUGCUGCCAGACCACCUGCUGCCGCCCCGCCUGCUCCAGUGCCUCUUGCUGCUGA